CACCAGUAGAAAACUAUGCUCGCUCUUUAGCCCGCAAUGAACGCGCACCACCGUGCCACCAGGAGGGCACUCUCACGUGCGCUCUCACGUGCCCUAGCCCGUCCAUUCUCAACCUCGUCACCUAAACCCUCCGGCGCCGCGUUUCCUCUGAAGCACGUGACGAAGUCGAACUUCGAGCCGGCGCUGGCCGAGCUGCGGCAGCACUUGCGGGCGGCGGACUUCGUGGCCAUCGACCUGGAAAUGAGCGGCGUCACCAGCGCGCCCUGGCGCGAGUCCCUGGAGUUCGACCGCUCCGACGUUCGCUACCUCAAGGUCAAGGACUCCGCCGAGAAGUUCGCCGUCCUGCAGUUCGGCGUCUGCCCCUUCCGCUGGGACCCUUCCACCCACUCCUUCGUAGCUCACCCGCACAAUUUCUAUGUGUUUCCGCGUCAAGAGCUGCCGGUCGAUGGCCCCUCUUACGAGUUUCUCUGCCAGACCACGUCAAUUGACUUCUUAGCUAGAUACCAGUUUGAUUUCAACGCAUGCAUAUAUGAAGGAAUAUCUUAUUUAUCCAGACAACAAGAACAUGAAGCUCUAAGACGUUUGAAUGGGGCAUACGAGGAUACAUUAUCAGAUACACGGUGCAACCUGAAAGAAGUUAGAGAUGUACGAUUGGACCGCAUGGCUGACAUUUUGUUCACUGAACGAAUCAAGAACAGAUUCAGCGAAUGGCGCGAUGGGUUAUUACGGGAUAGAAUUGGAGGGUUCCAACUUCAGUGGAACUCAAAUGACUCAAAGCAACAAUUUCAAACCAUUUUCUUUAAGAUGCGGCCAGCUAUUAGUCUGACUGGGUUUACUUCUCAUCAGUUUAAGUUAAUUCAAUGGGUCAUUAACAAGCAUUUCGAAGAUCUUACUUAUGUUCAUGUGACUGGUGAGAAUUUCUGCUCACAACAACUAGUAGUGUAUACAGAAUCCAAGGAUGACAUAGACUUGCUUAUGAAAGAGGUGAAAGAUGAGCAUCGCCGAGGAGCGGAGAUGAAAAUCCAAUCUGCAAUUGGGUUUCGCCAAGUUAUUGACCUCCUUUCCUCAGAGCAGAAGUUGAUUGUUGGUCACAAUUGCUUUCUGGAUAUUGCACAUGUAUACAGCAAAUUCUUAGGUCCUCUUCCUUUGACUGGAGAAGAAUUUGUCUCCUCCAUUAACAAGUACUUUCCUCACAUCGUUGACACCAAAUUACUCUUGAAUGCCAAUUAUGUACUCCAACAACGGAUGAAUAAGUCCAGCACAUCUCUAUCGUCAGCAUUUGCUCGCUUGUGUUCACAAAUUGCUUUUGGUUCUGAAAGCAAGGGGCUGGCUUUUCUCCAACCUGUGCAAGUGGAGGUUCAAGUGGAUGAUAUAAGGACCUCCAACUGGAACUCUGGAGCCAAGCAUGAAGCUGGGUAUGAUGCUUUUAUGACGGGAUGUAUCUUUGCCCAGGCUUGCAGUCAUCUAGGCAUUGAUUUUAAACUGCAUUUGCCGUCUGAAAAUUUAGCCCAUAAUGAAAAGCUCUAUAAGCAAAUUAACCAUUUAUAUCUCAGUUGGACUAAUGGAGACAUUAUUGAUUUAAGUACUGGAAAGAUUGAAGAGCCUUUGGGAACUAAGUAUCCCAAAAAGCAAUACUCAAAGAUUCUUUUUGAGAACAUUAUUUUAAUCUGGGGAUUCCCAUCCAAACUCAAGGCACAGGAGAUAAGACAAUGCAUCUCUAAAGUCUUCAGCCCAACCUCUGUAACUUCUGUCUACCACUUAGAUGAAUCUGCAGUGUUUGUUCAAUUCAGCAAGGCAGGGUUUGUCUCUGACUUUCUGGUUCUAAAGGAAACUUUAGAGAGAAGUGAUGGUCCUAUCUCAGUUUUGCAUCCUCUUGCAAAACUUUUGGAAGGUGGAAACACUCGUGCUGCUAGUUAUGAAAUUUAUAAAGAUAUUUGCAGCUCACCCAUUUCUGAAGUCUUGUUUGCCGAUCAGGCAGAGGCGGUUGGUAUUAAAUGGAAGACUCAAGUGAUAGAACCCAAGCUAGCAGUGGAGAGCCAAGAAAAUGGAAGUUUUAGAGAAGACAAUGCAAUACGUAAUGUUCCUAAAUCUGCUGAAAAUUCUGAGCACAAUGUGGAAAAAGAUAUAUUAUCCGGCCAUUGUGAGAUCAUAGAUUCUUUAUCUACAGCUGAAGCCAAUCAGGUUAGUACUAAUAACUUGUAAUUCUUGGCAUAAGAGGCUGAAUCUUUUAGUUCAAUUUAUCUAUACCUUUUUUCCCUGUAAGCAAUGUAUCUUAGUGAUACAAAUGUUAGCAUUAGAAAUGUAACAAACAGCAAAAGCAAAGGAAAUGAAUUUAUGAAUUUGCAUCGACACUGCCUUUUCAUUUUUUUCCCACCGUGGUGCACAUUUCGUGUCAUUGCUCGCUGCCCUGCUUCUAUUUGUCUAGAUGUGAUCCAUGUGUGUUCAAGUGCCUAAAGAGCAUAUCUAGCGAGAUACCUGCUAACUCCUAGGAUGAGAAGUAGGUCCUUGUUUUCAGCGGGAAUUGUUCCAGCCUUUGUUGCCCUUUGGUAAAGUGAGUCUGCUUAGCGAACUGGUAGGAUGUGGAGUUCGAUUGAUCAAUCUGAAUCUCGAGAGUGGAUGGUUGACCGCAGCCUCCUUGUCCUGGAGGCUCUCCGGCCGGGGAGGGGCUUGCUAUCAUAACUGGGAGAAUAUUUUGAGUCAUGCAACUUUGUGAUGCAAUGCUUCUAAGCCAGGACUUGGCUUUAAAGCCCUAUAUACAAGCAACUGAGCAGCAUUAAGGGUUUGCAAGCAGAGACUCAGCUACAUCGACUAAAUGGUUCACAGUUUGAUUGAAACAAUGAAACCACCAUUUAGAUGGAAAGGUAUCUUGAGUAGUGUAAGAUGGGAGGAGAGGACCAAGGGGAGGGGACCUUUCUUCUGUCAAGGGAAUGCAUCCAAAGAAGAAUCUGGAGAAGCUCGCACCUCUGAAUACUUUCCCAGCCUUCUAGGAGGAGGUAGGUGUGGACAGUUUCACUACUGUUUACAUCUAGAGGCGCCGAUUUUGCCACAUUUUUAAGUGCCAUUUAGAUUGAUAGUUCCAUUGCAGCACCGACUGUCCAAAUUGUAGCCACAGCAUCAUGUGAAACUUUGAAUUUUUUCAUAUAACUUAAUCCUAAAUUUGCAUA